AUGUUCCGCGACAUUGCUUCCGACUUUGACAGGUUGAGUUCGGCGAGCUGGGUCAUUACGGCGUACUUGCUUGGGCUCAUCUCUGCUCAGCCGCUGUACGGGAAAUUCAGUGACAUCUACGGCAGGAAGCCGCUGCUUCUGACGGCAUAUGCAUGCUAUUGCGUCGGUGGCUUGCUUGCGGGCUCUGGCUUCUCCUUCUGGGGCAUCUUGCUUGGAAGAGCCAUAUGCGGGAUCGGAAAUGCCGGCAUCACUGUGCUCAUUUCCACGCUCAUCGUUGACCUUGUCCCAUUCCGAGAAGUGGCCGUCUGGCGGGGCUACGUUUACACCGUCAACCAGGUCGGCCGCGCAGCCGGUCCCUCGAUUGGCGGGCUCAUCGCUGACAGAGCGAAUUGGAGAUGGGCCCUACUCUACCAAGUCCCCCUUAACUUUUUCGCCCUUCUCUUCAUCUGGCGCAAGAUGUCCUUUCCCCCGCCCCCAAUCCCAAAGACCCCCAACGAACCGAAUUCAGAAGACUGCCGGCGCUCCAAGCUCAGGAGGAUUGACUUUUCCGGUUCCAUGAGUCUGGCUCUUGCCAACGUUUCUUUACUGUUGUUCCUCGAUCGUCUGCAGACAAACCCGGACAGCAUUGGUCACGACAUGUCGACCAUGAUUCCCAUGUCAACGUGGGUCACGUUCCUGGUAAUCUUCUUACUCGUGGAAGCUAUAUGGGCCAAAGAACCCAUCAUCCCGCUCGGAUUACUGGUGGAGCGGAAUGUUGUGUCUUCGUAUGGCAUCCAGUUUCUGCAAACGGGGGCUCAGAUGGCUCUGUACACGUCGGUGCCACUCUACUUCAGAGUGACGGCCGGCGACUCCAGCACCACAGUGGCCAUAAGGUUGCUGGUGAUCACCCUUGGAACGGUUGUCGGCGGCUUGGUCAGCGGCUUCGCCAUUAAGCGAACGGGACUCUACCGCCUCAUAACCAUCACCUCCAUUAUCCUCUCCGACCUCAGCUUCCUCGCCGUCUUCAUGCGCUGGCGCGGCGAGACGGGCUGGGCCGAGACACUUUAUGGCUUUCCGAUUGGUGUGGGCUUCGGCGUUUCGCUUUCUUCGGCCUACAUUUGCCUCACGGCGGCCCUGGAGCCGUUCCAAGUGGCGGUUGGUACGUCGGGCUUUUACCUGUGCCUCAACCUAGGGAGUUUGUUUGGCGUCAGCGCCGCGUCGAUGCUGAUCAGCACCUUUGUGGAGCGCACGGUGAGGAAGGCCCUCAUUGGCCUGCCGGAGGCGGACAGAAUCAUCCGUGAAGUGACGUCGAAUUUUGACCGCAUCAAUGAGCUGCCUGAGGACAUUGCCGAGGUCGUCCUGGGGGCGUACACGAAGAGCUUUGUCAAUGUUUGGCUUUUUUCACUCGUCUUUGGCUGCCUGGCAUUGCUUGCGAGCUUGCUCAUGUGCGAAGACAAGCUGGACGAGGAGCAAUCUUGCCGGCAAAGACGACAGUCUAGGUCGUGCCGCGGGCCAUCAGAACCCACCUACAACACCUUCGCAUCAUUGCAAUCGAGAGAGGUUUAA